AUGGAGGAGUCUGAAGAUAGAUUACUGGAGCGGAUCUCGGGUGAGGCAUCACUGGUGCCACCAGAAACGCAAACAGUGCCUCUGCGCGUUGAGGCAGAACCACAGCGUCCGCAGGGAUCUGCUGGUCUCGGAAGCAGCGAAGAGGCCGGGAUGAUUUUGCAAAGCACAGAUGAUCGUAGCGAACGCGCUGAAGCGCUACGUUCGGAGACCGAAAACGUGCCCAGAGAUGUCACGGCGGACACCAUGCCGAGAGAAGGUGCACGAACAAUAGAAGAUGAACUGGCGACGCUAGUUGAGGGUGCGCAUUCGCACGUUCGGGAGACAGCAACCCAGCCUAUAUCGCCUACUUCGAGCCAGCACAAAACGCACUUAGAGUUUACAGAGAAACAGGUUACGCAAAACCUUGAACCGACGGUGAGCGGUAAAAAUAGUAGCUCGAAACGCGAGAGCGACAGCACAGAACGAGCUGGUGCCGCACGCACGGUGCUUAAGCUCGAUCCCCAGUCCGAGGAGACCAGUGCAGCUGCUGACCGAAUGAAUCAACCUGCUGAGACCGAGGAAGGCUCGCAGGCGCGAGCUUUGAGAGUCGAGGACGCUCUGGCUUAUUUAGAGCAGGUGAAGGCCCAGUUCGAGGAUCGGCCGCGAAUCUAUGCAAAAUUCCUGGACAUCAUGAAAGAAUUCAAGGCGCAAACAAUCGAUACACCAGGCGUAAUUGAGCAAGUUACGCGUCUUUUUCGCGGCUAUCCCAACCUUGUGCUUGGCUUCAACACUUUUCUGCCGGCGGGAUACAAAAUUGAGCUCUCAGACUGCUUGGAUGCAGCACCCGUUCACGCAGAAACACCCGGCCCUGCAAAUGAAAGGGAUGAUGCGAAGAUUACGGUCGCUGCAGAGGAUACCCGUGCUCGCGCUCCAUAUCCAGGCGCAAUCACUCGUCCAAGUCAGCAUGCUGUUCCAGACGCAUACAGAGUCGCUGAAAUGUCUUCUGCCAUGGGAAACGCCCACAUUAGAGCUGGACCUGAAGCGUUUCGAGCGUUUCAGCCUUCGCAGGAACCCAAACAGCUGCACGUCCCGCAACGUGUUGCGGAUACCGUCGCCGACAGUGCAGCUGUCGUGAACGCACAAGCCGUUGGGGUACCACCAAGCUUGUCCACGUUCAACAAUGAGGAAUUCGACCACGCUAUCCAAUACGUGAACAAAGUCAAGCAGCGUUUUCAGAACCAACCAGCAAUCUACCAGAGGUUUCUGAACAUUCUGCAGGCCUAUCAGCGCGACGGAGAGGACAAAUUCAGCGUGCUGGAUGAAGUCUCUCAGAUCUUUCGCGGUCAUCCAGAUCUCCUGGAAGAGUUCAAGAGUUUUCUUCCAGAUUCUGUGGAGGAUGAAAUCGAGAGCGCAAGACAAAUAACUUGGGCAAAACGAGCGGCGAGCAACCUUGGUGCGACGGGAGGACCCACAAAGCGAACCAAAAGGAGUCGACGCAGCGAAACUGCGCAGGGAGUUAGCCUCGACGGGCGUGAUGCUCCGCUCCAGGCUGCACUCGUUCCACAGCACCUGGAACAGACGAUUGCGACAGCGCCGCACGCGUCUUCAACGGCUGCUACUGCGUUGUCUGGACUUUCGCCCAUUUCUUACGGAGCUCGAGCCGAGCUUCUCUUUUUCGAAAAAUUGCGGGAGCGCAUGGAAGCACAUCAAUUUCAUGAGUUCAUCAAGUGCCUGAGUCUUUACAACCAGGAGAUUAUCGGCAGAACAGAGCUGAUGAGCCUUGCUGAUGAACUUUUCGGACACAGGCAUAUUUUAAGCGAGGCCUUCCGCACGUUCUUGGAUGCUUGUGCCCCAGCACGCAGGUCCAAGCAUCCAACCGAUGCAGAAAGUGCAAUGUCGGGCGUCGAGGCAGCGCUGGCGAUUCUAGAGGGCCGUGCUCCACCGUCGGCGACCGCCCCCCCGGUUGACGGGCUCUGGCGCUACAAGUCGCUCAGCGAGGCGGCAGCAGAGUCCCGGGAACGUUGUGACACCAGCUACAAACGCAUACCUUCCGAAUUUCAAUCCAUGCCAUGUAGUGGUCGCGGUGAGCUUGAGAAACAGGUACUGAACGAUAUCUGGGUGUCAGUGCCGACCGGGAGCGAGGAGGGCUCGUUCAAGCACAUGCGUCGCAAUCAGUUUGAAGACAAUCUCUUUCGAUGUGAAGACGAUCGCUACGAGCUGGAUAUGGUCAUCGAGACGAAUGCGGCAACGAUUCAUAAGCUUGAACCUCUGGCCAUGGUGAUCGCCCAUAUGAGCGACGAAGAAAAGGCAAAACAUAUGCUCGCCGAGCACGCCCUCAGUGCAGUGCAUUACCGGGCCAUAGAGCGAGUCUAUGGAGCACACGGCCCAGAAAUGGUCAUGCAUGUGAAGAUGCAACCAAGUGUGGCAGUUCCAAUUGUCCUGAACCGCCUCAAACAGAAGGACGAGGAAUGGCGAAGAGCUCGCGUCGAAAUGAACAAACUCUGGAGAGAAAUCUGUGAACGCAACUAUUUCAAGAGCCUGGAUCACCGAAGCUUUUAUUUCAGACAGAGUGAUAAGCGCACAAUCAGCGUCCGUGGCCUCCUCCAGGACAUCCACGACAUCGCAGAGGUCCGGACGCUCAUGGAAGCGAUCACGGUCGCUGUCUUUGCCGCGAAUAUCAUGGCUGGCUCCUGUGAUUGUGUCGCUUUCGGCUGCGGUUUCGGACACCCUGCGCUCAGCCGUGAGUUCGAAAACAGUUGGCGCGCUCGGCAAGUUGCUUUGCAGUGCGUCCACGGGGGCACGUUCGAGUGCGCGCACGCAUCACUGAGCGCUGCGUGUGGCGAUUCAGCGGCGGCGCCUGAACGCGACCCCUUUGCGGUGGUGUCGGCGCUAGAGCCUCCGUGCUUGCGAUUCCGCCUCCGUCUGAAGAAGGCGCAUCAGGACCUAUAUGCACUGGUGUCGUUUUUGUCUCAUCUAGAGUACGGGCCGAUGGAAUGUGCGCAUCUCUUGCAGUUCUAUGCGGAGCUUUUCGGGAGAUUCUUUGGCAUCAAUUUGCAUGAUCCUGGUGUUCGCGCAGUCGAGACUCCUGGCGAGUGCACUGCGCCCGUCGUUCGCGAAGAGACGGAUUCGGAGCUUGCGGAUGUGAGUGGCCUUUUGCGGAAUGAGCUGGCUCGUGCUGCAGAUGAGCGCUCAGCGGGGGACUCGCCGGCGGCCUCCGACAGCGUCUCGCGAAAGUCAUCGCCUGAUGAAAACUUCUGUGCUGAGAUGGACACACGGGAUGGCGGGAAUGGCCUCGAUCCAGUCAUUCUGUCGUUGUCAGAGGAGGUGCCCAGUGUGCGACCCGGAGAGGCACCAGCGAUCAAGGCGGAAACCGGGUCGACUUCUGUGCCGGGUCCGAAGCGCAAUGCAAGAGUCGAGAGGAUGCGCUAUCGGAACGACUCGGUUCUUUUCGCCGACGAGUCCCUGUAUAUUCUCAUGCGGCUCUACGAAAUCGCAUUCCAGCGUCUGGCCGCCGCUCGACAGAUGGCGCAGUCCCAGUACGAGAGGCAACGAUCAGCUCGAAUGAACGAGCAACGUCAGCCUGAGGCGGCCAUGGACCUCAAAUCCAUCUCCGACUCCCUCUACAAUCCCGAAGGUGAAGCGAGGGCGGAGGCGACGCUGCGCGCCCCCUCGGACAUAUACAGAGAAUAUAUGGACAUGCUCCGGAGGUACCUGAGUAAUGCCAUCGAUAGCCAAGAGUAUGAAGACUACUGCCGCCGCGUACUGGGGCCUGAAUCGUACGUGCUCUUUACCUUAGACAAGGUGCUAUUCAAGUUAGUGAAACAAGCGUACAACACGGCUCAGUCGAGACUCGUUGCCUUGUAUUUUGCUCAAGAGCAGGAUCUCGUGCGCGGUCUGGUCCCUGAUGGUGAUGGCGUUACCGACGCGGAAGCGCAAGCUCUAUGUAUUGCAGAGGUGUCGUACUGUAUCAAAGCGCUACAAAUUCUACGCGAUGAGCGCGGUGGGAAUCUCUAUCGCUUCCAGGUGCAGGACGCUCCGGGGCCAGUGGGGUCAGGCGCCAGUGACCUCGAACCCAAGGAGGAUCGAGCCACGCUGGCGUCGACUCCAGCAAUCCUCACUGUAACCCUGCUGACAAGCGAUGAGGGCAUUCCACGUCGACGCGAUACCGCUGCAGCUGCGGAAGCGGCGGCCAGCUAUCUAGGAUUCUUUGCUUGGCAAGGACAACACCAGCACCAACACACGCUGGAUAUGUUGCCGAUGGCGGUUGAUGCCCGCAAACUCUACGCCUUCGAGCGUUCUGUUGUGAACGUGCCGCUGGAGCGAUCCUUUGCGUCCUGGUGUCGCCGACUUGGCCACGCUACGUCAUCGGAUCCCGAUCGAAUAUCGCUUUACGAAACCUGGAAAAGGCAGCUCAUGCUUCAAGUUCUGAUUUCGAACGGACUCGAAUCGAAAAUGUCUCUCAACACGAAUCGUUUGGUCCAUAUUGGAGAAACAUGUGACGAGUUGCUACGACGUAAGCAAGAUUCUUUCUCAGGGGAAUCAUCGCACAUGGAGGCCGCUGCCAGCCACCAACGUCACGCAAGCGAGCGAGCUCGUCGACGGCGUUUGCGUCGAUGGCAUCAACUUUAUCGCCAAUGGGAUGCUGCCCAGAAGCAGUCAACUAUUCCGGUACUGUAA